UUUAUUUUUCCAGGUGCAGAACAGAGACAGGAUUAGAUCAAUCAAUCUUCUACUUAUCUAGAGAUGUCUGCAUAAUUGAUUUUUCCUUUACUCUCUUUUUCUCCUCACUCACCUUAUUUAUAUAAAAUAUACAUUUCCUGGGCACUAACUAAAGUCUGACAAGAAUGUAACCUUUUGUCUUACCACCUAUUCGUCCCUCUUCCUAUCCCUUCCUCUGUUUUGAGGAAAUGUAUAAAUACUAAACUUCUUGAAAAACCUCUUCAGAAAAAUAGCCACAGAUAUAUCUAUGGCUUGUAAUUUUCCCAGAAGAAACUUAAAACUGGUUUAAUAAAUCUUGAUUGAGAUCCUUGCCUCAGUCACUCAUUUGGGGUGUCAGGUACAACUAAACGAAACCAGAUUUAGCCAUUGCUGUCAUGGAAAUCAAUUAGGGGUGGAAGGAAAAGCUAAAUUAUCACAAAAAAGGAGGAAAGGUGUGUGAUCCUGGAAAUUCUAGUGGAAGCAGGGAUGGGGGUUCAGCUAUGAUGCGAUUAUUUUGGAUUCCAAAAUAGGUCUGCAGUCCAUGCGGGCCCUCGCAUGGUCAGUCUUGUCUUCCAAGGGCACUGCCCAACAUCAAGACAGGCACGUUGGGCCCAUUGCUCAAGAGAGGUGACCUCUCCACCGAAAGCCUUCAGUACUUGAUGACCUCUGGGGAUCCCAGGGUCUUCUCUUCCGUUCCAUUCGCAGGCAAAAGCUGGUCCAGUACUGUCAGUAGCGCGGUGCCAGCUUUCUCGCAUUACCCGACUGUGGGUAGUGCACCCUUUGCCCCACACACUACUGGUGACUGCGGAAACACAUUAGGCCUGGCCUCAGACUUGGGGAUCCCAGGCCGAGCCUAAAGUGGUCUGCCAGCUCAGAUGCGCAUCCUAGUCCUGGACUACCGAGCAAUUGCGAUCGCGCUACUCAAUUCUACAGCGUCUCAUCUGCAGAACCAAGUCUAACAGCUUAUUCAUACGUUAAAGCGAAGAUUUUUACGAUAGUAUGAAGCGUGGGCCCAGCGCUCGGGAAAGCCAUGUAGUGGAGCAAAUGACAAAACAAGGUAGUGUCUCUGCCAGCGCCAGCGAUUCUCCAAAGGGUAAAACCCAGGAGACGUUGGAGCGCCCUCCUCCCUGGGAGCUGAGAUCAGAGCCCUCCGCCCUAGCUGGCCCUCGGAGCUCCGCCUCCGCAGCCUCUCCGCCCCGCCCACCACCCAGGAACCGGCAGGACCGAGAACCCGGAUGAGAGCUUAACUCGACGUGGCUCAGGAGCUCUGCGCCGCCGCCAUUGGCGCAGGAGCGUAUUGAUGACGCAUCAAAAAACAGGAAGUGGUUCCUACGGAAGCUGGUAUUGUCCAAAAACGUUUCAGUUUGGAGUCGUUUGCUGCCUGGAGGGAAUGAAUGGGCGCUAGGAGCACUCCUGCGAGGGGCUGAUGUGCUAGCACCAGCGAGAGCCUCAGCGUGUGAGCGGCCGGGGUCGCGCCGCCUUCCCGCAGCAUGGAGGAUGACGCGCCGGUGAUCUACGGGCUGGAGUUCCAGGCACGUGCUUUAACACCUCAAACUGCAGAAACAGAUGCCAUUCGCUUUUUGGUUGGGACGCAGUCUCUUAAAUAUGAUAAUCAGAUCCACAUCAUAGAUUUUGAUGAUGAAAAUAACAUUAUAAAUAAAAACGUCCUCCUCCAUCACGUGGGUGAAAUCUGGCACAUCAGCACCAGCCCCGCGGACAAAGGCGUGCUGGCAACCUGCUACAACAGAACUUCAGACAGUAAAGUCCUGACAUGUGCAGCCGUGUGGAGGAUGCCGAAGGAAUUGGAAUCAGGCAGCCACGAGUCCCCCGAUGAUUCAUCGAGCACGGCGCAGACCCUGGAGCUGCUCUGUCACCUUGACAACACAGCCCAUGGCAACAUGGCCUGUGUCACGUGGGAGCCAAUGGGCGAUGGCAAGAAGGUCAUUUCGCUGGCUGACAACCACAUCCUGCUGUGGGACCUGCAGGAGAGCUCAAGCCAGGCUGUGCUGGCCAGUUCAGCGUCCCUGGAAGGGAAGGGACAACUGAAGUUCACCUCGGGACGGUGGAGCCCACAUCACAACUGCACCCAGGUGGCCACAGCAAAUGACACUACCCUCCGAGGAUGGGAUACUCGGAGCAUGAGCCAGAUCUACUGCAUGGAGAACGCCCACGGCCAGCUGGUGCGGGACCUCGACUUCAACCCCAACAAGCAGUACUAUUUGGCCAGCUGUGGGGACGACUGCAAGGUGAAGUUCUGGGACACCCGGAAUGUCAGCGAGCCUGUGAAGACCCUGGAGGAGCAUUCCCACUGGAGCAAGGAGCCGCCGCAGGACAGCGUCAUCGCCACCUACGAGGAGCAUGAGGACAGUGUGUAUGCCGUGGAGUGGUCGUCCGCUGACCCGUGGCUCUUUGCCUCCCUGAGCUACGACGGGAGGCUGGUCAUCAACCGGGUGCCUCGGGCUCUGAAGUACCACAUCCUGCUGUAGGGCUGGGCCGCUCUCACCCUCUGGACAGGGUCCAUAAAGUCUGCAGGUUUUGGGGAGUAGUUAGUUUUCCAAAUAGAUCCCCUCUGGGAAGACCAACACUGCCUUCUGACACCAGUGUUAAUGAGUAACGGCGGAGCUGCCUCUGAGCUGAUUGUACCAUGGACACCUGACAGGUCCCCUCCUCGAAGGUGGAGCCCCCACCUGGCUGGGCAAAGCAGGGCCCCCCACCACCCAGUUUCUCUCUUCUAUUUUAGUGUGUUGGGAGUUUCAUUUUCACAAACGGUUGUAAUCCCACCACAUUAACUCCUCUUUCCCUUGAGGUUAAAAUAAAAUAAGUCCACGCCACA